AUGAGUGUAGAAUCCAUGAGAAAAAAAGGUUGUGACCCCUCUACCUCAUCACCUUCAGUUCGAGGAACUUAUUACGUGGGGAAAAACUCGGAAGCUAGGACUGUAGAUUGGAAUUCUGAAAAUCCAAGAGUUAAACCUGAGCCACAAACGCCACCUAGAGGCGUGAAAAGAGCAAGGUAUCAAGCAUUUGAGGAUGAGUUCAUACUCGAGGACUACCACGUAGCGUCAAACCUUAGAAUUGUUACCAACAUUUCCGAUGAUGAAGGGAAUAAUAGGACCUUUAUCGCAAUGAUUAAAGAAAAUCAGGUUGCACCUGUACUGGACAUAGGAAUUGAGAAAGAGGGAGUUCCUAAUGAAGAUGAGCCCACUGAAGGGGAUCCGAUUAAGGAAGAGCCUGAAGAGGAAGAAGAGCCCAUAGAAGAAGAAGAGGAAGAACCCCUGGAGGAAGAGGAACCUAUAGAGGAUGACGAGCUUGUUGAGGACGAAGCUGGCAUGGAAGAAGGAUUAGAAAAUCCUGAAUGA